AUGAGUCUUGCCAGUGACAGGGGCCAUGAGGCGCCGCAAGUGUCGGCCAGCCCGGCGCACAUGGCCACCACAACCCUCAAAGUCGAUGGAAUGACCUGCGGUGCCUGCACCUCUUCGGUCGAGUCAGGGUUCAAGGGUGUCGAGGGUGCUGGUGCUGUAUCAGUCAGCCUGAUGAUGGGAAGAGCCGUGAUACAUCAUGAUCCGACAAAGUUGUCUCCCGAGCAGGUCGCAGAGAUCAUAGAGGACCGUGGCUUCGAUGCCACCGUCAUCUCCACCGACAUGCCUAGACCUCCCCCUCUAUCCAUUUCGACCGCAGUGUCCAAUUCAGAACCCCAGCUCAUGACCACAACAAUAUCCAUCCAAGGAAUGACUUGCGGGGCAUGUACUUCUUCUGUUGAGGCCGGCUUCAAAGAUGUUCCCGGUGUGAAGAGUAUGAGCGUUUCUCUUCUGGCGGAGCGGGCAAUCGUUCAGCACGACCCAAGCAUCAUAAGUGCCGAUGCACUGGCCGAAAUCAUCGAAGAUCGAGGAUUUGACGCCACCAUUGUCGAUUCGAAACGUCAGGACACUAUCAAGGCUGCAGCCGGGAAUGCGGAAGUCAAUGAGCAAUCCCACACAUGGACUACCACUGUAGCCAUUGAAGGCAUGACCUGUGGAGCCUGCACGUCUUCUGUUGAAGGCGCUUUCAAGAACGUUCCGGGUCUCAUCAAGUUCAACAUCAGCCUCCUGGCCGAACGAGCAGUCAUCUCCCAUGACCCCGUCGCCCUUCCUUCCGAGAAGAUCGUUGAACUCAUUGAAGAUGCCGGAUUCGAUGCCAAGAUUGUGUCCUCUCAGGCCGAGACCAAUGUACAGAGCUCAACCAAUGUUUCUCAGCAACUCAAGAUUUAUGGUCUUCCGGAUGGACAGACUGCAACUGAGCUGGAAACCAACCUCAGGGCAUUAUCUGGCGUCAAGAGUGCGGUAAUCAGUCUUUCCACUUCUCGAGCCACCAUUACCUACGACCCUGCCCUCGUCGGCCUCCGAAUGAUUGUCGCGGUCGUCGAGGACGCUGGCUUCAACGCCUUGGUUGCAGACUCGGAAGACAAUAACGCACAGCUCGAGUCCCUCGCCAAAACAAAAGAAAUCCAGGAGUGGAAGAAAGCAUUCCUUACUUCAUUGGGCUUUGCGAUACCCGUGCUUCUGAUCAGCAUGAUUAUACCCAUGUUCUUUCCGUCUAUAAAUUUUGGAGGCUUUGAGAUCAUUUCCGGCCUUCUUUUGGGCGACGUUAUCUGCUUCGCCCUGACAGUCCCUGUACAAUUCGGCAUUGGAAAGCGGUUUUACAUUUCAGCAUACAAAAGUCUGAAGCACAAGUCACCGACGAUGGAUGUGUUGGUUGUUUUGGGUACUUCGACGGCUUUUUUCUUCAGUUGUUUUGCCGUCAUUGUGGCGGUCUUGAUACCUCCUCAUAACAAACCCAGCACCAUCUUCGACACCAGCACCAUGCUUAUCACAUUCAUCACCCUUGGUAGAUGGCUCGAAAAUCGAGCAAAGGGCCAGACAUCCAGAGCUCUAUCUCAGUUGAUGUCUUUAGCUCCGAGCAUGGCAACCAUAUAUGAGGACCCCUUGUACGCGGAGAAGCUCGCCGAUGCUUGGACUGCUCCCUCGUCUCCGGUGCUCGAGAAGAUGCCAACUGCGGAUUUGAGGAGAGUGCCGUCAGGCCCUGGCCCAUCGGGUCCUUCCGCGAUUGAAAAGACCAUUCCUACCGAGCUUAUCGAAGUCGGAGAUGUUGUCAUUCUUCGACCUGGAGACAAAAUACCCGCAGAUGGAGUCGUGACCCGCGGGGAGAGCUUCGUGGAUGAAAGCAUGGUCACUGGUGAGCCUAUGCCUAUUCAGAAGAAGAAGGGUAGUACACUCAUUGCGGGUACCGUCAAUGGUGCCGGCAAGAUCGACUUCAAGGUUACCCGUGCGGGAAAGGACACGCAACUGAGCCAGAUUGUCAAUCUUGUGCAGGAGGCCCAGACCAGCAGAGCCCCCAUUCAGCGAAUGGCAGAUCUUGUCGCAGGCUACUUUGUCCCCAUCAUCAUCCUUCUCGGUCUGAUCACGUUCAUUGGGUGGAUGAUUUUGAGCCAUAUCAUGCCCAAUCCUCCGAAAAUCUUUACGGACAAACAGAAUGGCGGGAAAUUCAUGGUCUGCCUCAAGCUCUGCAUCUCGGUCAUUGUUUUCGCUUGUCCUUGUGCUCUCGGAUUGGCAACUCCAACAGCGGUCAUGGUGGGAACCGGGACUGCUUCGCAACAAGGCAUUCUUGUCAAGGGAGGUGCUGCUCUUGAAACAGCCACACGUAUCACCCAUGUCGUUUUGGAUAAGACGGGUACUCUGACUUUUGGAAGACUCAACGUCGCUGACACCAGCUAUGCGGCUCUCUGGAGCUCCAAUGAAUGGCGUCAGAAAUUGUGGUGGACGCUUGUCGGGCUCGCUGAGACUGGAUCCGAACAUCCCAUUGCGAAAUCCAUCGUUCUUGCCGCCAGGGAGAGACUUGGUUUGGAAGUCGAAGAAGGCCUUCCCGGCCAGGUCGGCACCUUCGGCGUCACUGUCGGCCAAGGAGUGUCGGCCAUCAUUGAGCUCAACAAUCCAGGUGACGAAACCAAGUACAAGGUCUAUGUCGGUAAUUCUGCAUUUUUGGCUAAUAAAAAGAUCGAUAUCCCGGCCGACGUUGAGAACGCAGUCAAUGCGGCUCUGUCUCCCACAAGCCGAAGUAAAUCCAAGACAGGAAUCACAACCAUUUACGUUGCGAUCAACGGGCAGUAUGCGGGUCAUAUCGGCCUCUCUGACACGCUGAAGCCUACUGCCCAUGCCGCCAUCACUGCCUUGCACAAAAUGGGUAUUUCCACCAGCCUUGUCACCGGUGAUACCUAUAACACGGCGCUCUCCAUUGCCGAAUUAGUGGGUAUACCCCGAGAAUCCAUUCGUGCAUCCGUCUCUCCCGGUGAAAAGCAAUCUAUCAUCUCCGACCUUCAGUCUCAAGGUGAAAUCGUCGCUAUGGUUGGAGACGGGAUCAACGACUCUCCGGCGCUUGCAACCGCUAAUGUCGGCAUUGGUCUUGUCUCUGGGAGCGAUAUCGCUGUCGAAGCCGCAGAUAUAGUGAUCAUGCGCUCCGACGACCUGCUCAAUAUCCCGACGGCCCUUCAUCUGUGUCGUGUCAUAUUCCGACGCAUCAAGCUCAAUCUCAUAUGGGCCUGUGCGUACAACGUUAUCGGAUUACCGUUUGCUAUGGGUAUCUUCUUGCCGCUCGGCUACCAUAUGCCCCCUUUGAUGAGCGCCACCGCCAUGAUGUUCAGCAGCAUCUCUGUGACACUGAGUUCGUUGGCAUUGAGGUGGGUUGGCAGACCCAAGUGGUUGACUGUUGAAGCUCUGAAAAUGGAAGGAAACAGAUACAGUGCACCCAUGAUUGGAGGGAAGAGGAGAAAGAAACUGAUGAACAACGGCGGCUGGAUGGGCAGGAUCCAAGGGUUUACGGAGGCAAUGUUCGACAGACUUGAAGGCGUGGCAACAAGGAGACGAGCGCAAGAGAGGGAACGGGGUAAUUAUGUCCCGUUACAAACUGUCGAGGCAGAUGCCGUGUAA